UUAAAAACAAUGAUUAUAAAAAACAGGUCACAAGGAGGGAAUGAAAAGGGGAGUAUGAUAUAAGCUUACCGGGGAAGAAAAUAACUUCUUGAAUUAUUAUUUUAUACUCUUUUAUUUAUUUAUAUUUUCAAAAAUUUAAAUUUAAAAAAUAACAUCAUCCAUUGAGCCACAGACAACACUCCUAGGUAGCAGUAUAUUUAACCCUUGUGAGGCGUAAUCCAAACUUUGCUGUUUUGAACAGAGACUCAGAGCAAACACAUUCAUGGCGAUUGAUACGCUAGUGUUAGGCGCUGGUCAAGAAGUUGGGAAGAGCUGCGUGGUGGUAACCAUGAAUGGCAAACGAAUCAUGUUUGAUUGUGGAAUGCAUAUGGGGUUCUUGGACCAUCGUCGUUACCCUGAUUUCACCCUUGUCGAUCCCAAUCAAGAUUUCAACUCUGCCAUUACUUGCAUCAUCAUCACCCACUUUCAUUUGGAUCAUGUUGGCGCUUUAGCGUACUUCACAGAAGUUUGUGGGUAUAAUGGACCAAUUUACAUGACGUACCCAACAAAAGCUUUGGCUCCUUUGAUGUUGGAAGACUAUCGCAAAGUGAUGGUUGAUCGGCGGGGUGAGGAAGAGCUAUUCUCAUCUGAUCAAAUUGCUGAGUGCAUGAAGAAGGUUACUGCUGUUGAUUUGAGGCAAACUGUACAAGUAGAUGAAGACUUGCAGAUACGUGCCUAUUACGCAGGACAUGUUAUUGGAGCUGCAAUGUUCUAUGCAAAAGUAGGAGAUGCAGAAAUGGUUUAUACUGGAGACUACAAUAUGACACCGGAUAGACACCUUGGAGCAGCUCAAAUUGAUAGAUUACGACUUGACCUUCUUAUAACUGAAUCCACAUAUGCGACUACAAUUCGUGAUUCAAGAUAUGCUCGAGAGAGGGAAUUCCUCAAAGCUGUUCAUAAAUGUGUAUCAUGUGGAGGCAAGGUGCUUAUUCCAACAUUUGCUCUUGGAAGAGCUCAGGAACUAUGCAUUUUGUUGGAGGACUACUGGGAACGCAUGAAUUUGCAGGUUCCUAUCUACUUCUCAGCAGGAUUAACAAUCCAAGCUAAUGCAUAUUAUAAAAUGCUUAUUAGUUGGACAAGCCAGAAGAUUAAAGAUACAUACUCUAAACAUAAUGCUUUUGAUUUUAAGAAUGUUCAAAAAUUUGAAAGGUCUAUGAUAAAUGCUCCUGGUCCUUGUGUUCUUUUCGCGACUCCUGGGAUGAUAAGCGGUGGAUUUUCACUUGAAGUUUUUAAGCAGUGGGCAGUGUCAGAAAAUAACCUUGUCACUUUGCCAGGGUAUUGUGUGGCUGGAACGAUAGGUCAUAAAUUAAUGUCAGAUAAGCGGGCCAAAGUUGAUCUGGAUGCUAAUACAAGAAUAGAUGUGCGAUGCCAGGUUCAUCAAUUAGCUUUUAGUCCUCACACUGAUUCUAAAGGGAUAAUGGAUCUUGUAAAUUUUCUCACCCCCAAGCACGUUAUUCUAGUGCAUGGAGAGAAGCAUAAGAUGGCUUCCCUUAAAGAAAAGAUUCAUUCUGAAUUUGGGAUUCAAUGUUAUGAUCCUGCAAACAAUGAAACCAUAUGCAUUUCUUCAACUCACUCUGUAAAUGCAGAAGCCUCAGACACUUUCAUUCGAAGCUGCUUGAGUCCAAACUUCACAUUUCAGAAAUGUAGUUCUGCGGACGCAUGUAACUCUACUACGAUAGGCAAGAGCUUAAUGCCUAUGGUCCAAGUUGAAGAUGAAAGGGUAUCAGAGGGAGUUUUUAUUGUGGAGAAGGGUAAAAAGCCAAAGAUUGUACACAAGGACGAACUUUUGCUUAUGUUGGAAGAACAGAAGCACGAUACAAUGAGCGGGACGUUCUGACAUUGGUGAUUCAAUGGAUAACUUAAGUGACAGGUGCUCUUAGCCUCAUUUGUGCUUGCUAACAACUUGGUCAACUUCUACACGUCUUAACAUUUAUACACUCUCCAACUACCUAUACCAAUUAACUUGGUCAUAUUUAAUGGUUCGUUGAACACAAUCUAGUCAAAAAAUUUCAA